AUGUUUUUAGAGAACUUGGCAUUAAAAGGAACAGCUGUACAGUCAUCCACAUAUCAAAUCUGUGGAGCUGCAAACGCCAUCGACGGCAUCAGAUACUCUCCUUCAGGUAAACCCUAUCCAGAAGAAACCCAUACAUACUGCUCCCACACAGAAUACGACCGCAGCCCGUGGUGGAGGCUGGACCUGCUGGAUUAUUACUACAUUUACAAAGUGACCGUCACCAACAGAGGCGACUGCUGUCUGGAUGAAACAGCUGGAGCAGAGAUCCGCAUCGGAAACUCUCUGGAAAACAACGGAAACAACAAUCCCAGAUGUGGUGUCAUCACUUCAUCUGUCCCAUUAGGCAGUUCUGUCAGUUUCUCUUGCGGUGGAAUGCAAGGUCGUUAUGUGAACAUGUACAUUCCUAACACCCAGGCAUAUCUCACACUGUGUGAGGUGGAGGUUUAUGGAGCAGCCAAGAAGCAGAUGAUCCGAGUGCAGGUGAAAGCUGCUGAGAAUGUGGAAGAAGCGGAACUGAAGGCGCUCGUCUCAAACAAGUUAAAUCAGACGCUGAGCGAUCAGGACAUCAUACUGACAUGGAGGACACAACCCAACGGGAAAGUCUUCCAGAAGAACAUGACUUUAAAUCAGACGCUGAGCGAUCAGGACAUCAUACUGACAUGGAGGACACAACCCAACGGGAAAGUCUUCCAGAAGAACAUGACUGUACCGAAACAAUCUCCUGUUUGUUCUUCUUUAAAGUGA